GGAAAAGUCUCAGAACCACUGUGUCCCAUCCUGUCAGUUUGUGUGCCAUGCGUGGGGGCUGUAUUUCUGCUCUUUUCUGUUAGUAGAAGGCUGAAGUGCCAGCAAAUGUGGGUGAAUUCUGGUGUUUUACAGAAACUUCUCUGCUAUCUGGGCAGUGUGUGUGGAUCUGGGGAAGAGAGCAUCACCUGUGUGGAUUUUUUUUUUCAUGGAAGGUUACUUUAUUACAAAUAGACACAUGCAACCUGGGUUUUCCCUUCCAGGGCUUCACAAAUACUAUCAGGUUUUUUGUGUCUGUAUUUAACACUUUUAGCCAAGCAAAGUGAUCUGAUUGUGGUUUAACUCCCUUCAGUGUUGCAGGCUCAUCAUAUUUAAUGUGCGUUUUAGCCGGAAGGGAAAGGAGCAUUUGGUGCUGUGGAAGCAGUGGGUGUUGGAUCCCUGACAUGACAGCUUUUCCUGUAUCGCCCACAGCAUCACUCAGGAAAUUGUCUCUCAAAAAGAUGCCAGCUCCCUCUCCCCUGGAGUCAAAGCAAAAUGUAUUUAUUUUUUUUUCUGACACUUCCUCACUCUUUAUUAACUCUUCUUUGUUAUUGCUGAAAUGGAGACAUCCCAAGGCCCUCUGAGCAUGGUGAUGCUUUGGAUGAAAGGAGUCCUUCUGUGGAGCAGCAUGUAUCAGAGCUCCAGUGAGAGGCCCCUGGGUGCUCGCCUAAAAGAGGGGGAGUGCAAGCAUGAAUCACAAGUGGUAGAACUGGGAAAGCAGCGGUGUCAGCACAGUGGUUCCUUGAAUCACUCUUAGCUAGCAGCCGGUCAGCUGGCAGAUGGUUGCAGCCUGAAGUGAAAGCUUAUAACUCACCAGCCAGCAAAUAGUCCCGAAAGUGAAUACCUGCAUUUCAUCAGCAUUUUGUAUUGUCUUUGUGAAAAAUGGUAUUCACUUGCAGAUAAUUGGUUGUUCUUCAGUUUCCUGUGGCUUCCUAUGCAUUCGUGUUAGGUCAGCUCAGCUGCUUUAUAAGCUUGGAAAUGUUCUUAAAAUCUAAUGAGCUUGCAGUGUGAAAGAGAACUAGUGCAUCUCAAACAGCCAGACCUGUGAGGCUUUCUACCAACAUGCUCUGCUCAGCAGUGGUGCAGCCACGCCUGGAGUUCUGUAUCCAGAUCUGGACCCUCGAGUGCAAGGGAGACCUAGACAUACUGGAACAUCCAAAAGGACUACCAAGAUGAUCAAGGGACUGGAGCACCUCUCCUGUGAGAUGGGCUGAGAGCUGGGACUGUUCAGCCUGUGUGAGGCUCGGGAGAAGGGAGAUCUUAUCAAUAUCAAAGGAAGAGUGCAGAAGAGCCUUACUAUUUUCUGUGGUGCCCACUGCCAGAACAAGAGGCACUGGACAUAAACUGGAACACAGAGGGUUCUGUCUAAACAUCAAGAACCAUUUCUUUACUGUGCAGGUGAUGGAGUACUGGCGGAGGCUGCCCACAGGGGCUGUGGAGUCUCCCUGUGCUCGGCGUGAUAAGCACCACUUUAACGGUGUCUUUUCCGCUUGCCUGAAGGAAAGCAGUAGCAUAACGCUCAGUGAUGCAGCAGGUGUUUCAAAAACCCUGCCAGCAUAGGGAUUACCCCUUUACUUCCAUAAGCAUGUAGUAGAAUGUCAGAAAAACAAAUGUCCGGGAAUAAAUGUGGUUGGAGAGGCUUCCCCUGAUAGUAUUUUUGUGGCCAGACUCUUAUGGUUUUGUCUUGUUUCUAUUCUGUCCCUAAAACAUGAGAGCAAGGAGCAGAUCAGCAUAGGAAAUACAACUGGAAGAUAUACCUGUUUUGCUGUGGAGGAAUCAUUUACCUUUGCACUGUUCACUUGCUUCUUGUAUUCAGAUUUACCACGUCCUGCAUGGGAACGUUCCUCUACCAUAGCCAUGGCAUUCAGGAGGAGCUAAUUAAGCAAUUAUGUUAUCAGGUGAUGGGAGUAAAAAUCUCAUCUAUGCAGUGCAGGGACUUAGCAGUCUGACUCAUUGUAGUUUAUGACUUACUGUUAGGUAAUUGGUGUGUUGCUCCAUAGAUGCAUGCUGUGCAAAACAGAAGUAAACAGCUGCUCUGCCAUCUGCGUUACACAUAUGGAGAUCAUGACUUCGGUCAGCUGGCCAUAGAGAAAGGUGACAACAGGCUUCUGAUCAUCAGCUGUGAGUGCACCUACAACAGUUGUUUUUGUGGCAAUCACUAAUGGUAGAAUCCACAGCAGUGCUGUCAGCAUAACGCAAGGCGUUAGAUAACACGGGGUACCCCAAAACCCUAUAUUGAAGUGUGGAAGAGGGUGCAGUGUGCUCAGCAAGACAAACUUUGUGCAGUGAGAGUCGAGCAGAGCGUAAUGGAGAAAAUGCCACUGUUGAAUUGAUUGUUCUCACAGUGGGAACUCUCUGUAAAUGCUGGAACAGAGUGGCAAGAGAGUGACAAGAUGUCUUUUGGCUUGGUAGAAUGAUGUGAUUUUUAAAUUGAAAGAGACGCUGUAACUCUUGUUAAAGUAUGUUGUUUCCUUUCCUUUUAUUGACAAUUCAGAAGGUAUUGGUUCAGGUUCAUGGACUAGAUUUCAUAGCAGUAUUUCUCCUUAGGCUUGAGAAGCUGUGCAGAGAUAGGUAUGGAUGACACCCUCUGCCUCUCUUGUCUGAUAGGCAGUCAGUAUGGAUGGAAGAGGCUAAAUUAAAAACAGUAAAAGUAGACUCUCUGGUUUUUCUUGAUAGCUGGUAUAAAGGACAGAAGGGAGCAGUCUGUGUGUUGCAAUUAACAUCAAGUGCUAUUCAGCUCAUCCUGCAAUGCGAUAUAGAUACCAUCUCAGCACAGAAUUGAACACUGCACUGAGUCAGGAACACAGAGCAGUGUUGGGUUUUGAAGAAAGUAAUUGGCCUUAGGGAUCUGUGAGUUUCUCAUUUCCUCUGUGGUAAACACAGGGAAGUGGGGUAGUAUUUCCCAUAGGCUCCCAGAGUCAAUUUAAACAAGGUACACAGCCAGUUUAUAAAACCAAGUACUUAAUAAAUGCAUAGUAAAAGGCAGGCACACCUCCCAUCUUUCUGCAGUGCCCUUGAUAUCAGUGCCACACUGACUUUCGUGCACGAACGUGGAAUCCCCUGCAGGUGUGUGUAUUCUGAGCCAGUCCUGAGCCUCUGCUGGCCCAGCUGCUAGAGAACCUCUGUGGUGCCACUUGCGUGCAGUGCCAUGCCUGUCCCACCAAGGGCAGUGCUGGUGUGACAGGCCUGCAUAGAUCAAUAUCAGCUGUGCUUGUAUGGAACCAGGUGUUGUAGGUCUGACCUCUGUGUGCUGCUUCACCUGGCCAUCGCUCCCCCCAUCCUGCAGUACAGCAGUGGCCCCAUCCUCCCUUGUGCUUGGCCUUCAGAAAAGCAGUGAUUGGAGGAUUUCUGGGACUCGCUAACGAUGUGAGCUCUGUUUUCCUUUUCCAGUAGAAGAUUAAAAGUCUGAAUUGCACAAAUAACACUCCUGGUAGCCAAGAAAGCUUUGAUCUUGAUAAUGACAGGAUGUGAUGGCCGGAAGCUGUAGCUCACAGGAUUCAUACAAGAAGCAAGGAAUCAAGCCGUUCAGGUACAUGUGGAAAGGAGACUUCAUUUGGAUUUGGCAGUGGAACAAAAGCGUUCGCGUAUCUGGACUGAAUCUCAUAAAAUCAUAGAGCAUCCUGGGCUGGAAAGGACCCAUGAGGAUCAUCGAGUCCAACUCCCGACUCCACACAGGACAACCUAAGAACGAAGCCAGCAGGUUCCUGCUGUCCUGUAGGAGGAGAACAGUUUGUGGAGUACACGUGCAGACAAAGCCGCUGUGAUCCACAAGGCUGCUGGGUCCCAGAGUGCCAAUCUGCCCUGCUCUACAGGCCUAUCAAAGCUCCUCAGCUCAAAGCUCAGCGUUGUGAGCGGCUUCUGAUGUCGGACAAAGCGCAGUCAGAAUCACGGGAUCGCAGGGCUUGGGAAGAACCUCAAAGUCAUCGAGUCCAGCCCCUGCCGAGGCAGGUGCCCCACAGUCGGUCACACAGGCUGGCGUGCAGCUGAGUCUAGGAUGCCUCCGUAGGAGCCUCCAGAGGAGCCUGCACAGCCACUCCGGGCAUCUCGUGCCUUACUGUCAGCCAUGAUGAUUCCACCAUCUGCAACACCUCCUGUCAGCGAUGCUGCACUUUUGCCAAGUGUGGCUUCUCAGGAAACGUGGAGGUCACAGGUUCCGGGCUAUCCUGGGUCAGUCACACAGCACAUAAGUCACCGGGCUAAUAACUUCAAGAGACAUCCGAAAAGGAAAAAAUUCAUCCGCCCUUCGCCACCGCCACCACCAAAUACUCCAUGUCCUAUUGACUUGAUUGGCUUUGGGGAUCUCCAGCCUCAGAGAUCUUUCCUGGAACUCCUGUUUAAUGGAUGUAUUCUCUUUGGGCUUGAGUUUAGCUAUGCCAUGGAAACAGCCUAUGUUACACCUGUGUUGCUUCAGAUGGGGCUGCCAGACCAGCUGUACGGAAUGGUGUGGUUCAUCAGCCCCAUACUAGGGUUCCUGCUGCAGCCUUUGCUGGGGGCCUGGAGUGACAGAUGCACAUCAAGAUUUGGGAGGAGAAGACCUUUCAUUCUGGUCUUAGCAGUAGGUGCGUUGUGUGGACUCUCGCUUAUGCUGAAUGGCAGGGAUAUUGGGAGUGCCUUGUCUGACACUGUGAAUAACCACAAAUGGGGGAUCGUUCUUACAGUCUGUGGUGUUGUCCUCAUGGACUUCAGUGCAGAUUCAGCAGACAAUCCCAGCCAUGCCUACAUGAUGGAUGUAUGCAGCCCAGUGGAUCAAGACAGGGGCCUCAACAUCCAUGCUUUGUUAGCAGGUCUUGGAGGUGGCUUUGGUUAUGUUAUUGGAGGAAUACAUUGGGAUAAAACCAGUUUUGGAAAAGCUGUGGGAGGGCAACUGCGUGUCAUCUAUGUCUUCACAUCAAUAAUACUGACUAUCACUACUGUGCUGACUCUAAUUAGCAUUCCAGAAAGACCCCUAGGGUCCUUUAGCAGGAAGAAAAAGGUGAUGAAGAGUCCAAGUCUUCCUCUCCCUCCUUCUCCACCUCUCUUUGAAGAGGGUGUAAGCGAAAACUUUACUUCUCAUAACUCAGCUCACUUAUAUGCAAGUUUUACAAGCCCCGUUUCUCCCCUCAGCCCACUCACACCUAAGUAUGGCAGUUUUGUCAGCAGAGACAAUUCCUUGACAGGAAUUAACGAAUUUGCAUCGUCAUUUGGGACUUCAAAUAUUGACAGUGUGCUUAUAGACUGUUUUACAGGUGGGCACAGUAGUUACUUAGCACUUCCAGCUAGCUUGCCCAGGCAGCCUGUCAGUGUCAGCUUUCCUCGGGUGCCAGAUGGAUGUUACCAACAAGAAAAUGGAAUUCUGGAGCAAGGGGAGAGGGGCAUAACUUCAGGUCCUGAUGGAGAGGCACUGAGAGUGGGCUCCUUGGAUGCAAUAAAGCCACGGUCAUCAGGCAUCCUGAAAAGACCUCAGAGCUUGGCUAUUCCAGAUAUUGUAACAGGACAUUGUCCAGACAGUAGCAGAAGAAGAAAUGUGACUUUCAGCCAACAGGUUGCUAAUAUCCUGCUGGAUGGUGUUAAGUAUGAGAGUGAGUUGAAUGGAUCAGGAGAGACCUCCGAGCAACCACUCUCCAUGAGACUUCUUUGCUCAACCAUCUGCCACAUGCCCAGGGCUCUUCGUAACCUCUGCAUCAACCACUUCCUAGGAUGGCUCUCAUUCGAGGGCAUGUUGCUCUUCUACACUGACUUCAUGGGAGAAGUAGUGUUUGAAGGGAAUCCAAAAGCCCCUCACAACUCAGUUGAGUAUCAGAAGUACAACGCUGGGGUCACCAUGGGCUGCUGGGGAAUGUGCAUCUAUGCAUUCAGUGCUGCUUUCUAUUCAGCUGCACUGGAGAAGCUGGAGGAGCGGUUCAGCACACGGACGCUGUACUUCAUUGCAUAUUUGGCCUUUGGGCUGGGCACAGGGCUGGCCACGCUCUCCAGAAAUAUCUACGUAGUACUGUCACUGUGCACGACCUAUGGCAUUCUCUUUGCCACGCUCUGCACGCUGCCCUACUCUCUACUCUGCGACUACUACCAGAGCUGUGAGUUUGCAGGCUCGCACGUGGAGGGUACACGGCGUGGGAUGGGUGUUGAUAUCUCUCUACUCAGCUGCCAGUACUUCUUGGCGCAGAUCCUGGUGGCCCUGGCCAUGGGGCCACUGACGACAGCUGUGGGCAGUGCCAGCGGCACCAUGUACUUUGCCAGCCUGGUGUCCUUCCUGGGCUGCCUCUUCUCCUCUCUCUGCGUCAUCUAUGAGCCAACCCUGUCUGCUGAGGAACUGCCACCCAACGAGGAGCAGAGCCCGCUCCUUCCCUGUGUGCAGGACCAAUAAAUGGGAGAAUGCUGCAUCCUUGGCUACCUCACUUGCACCAUUCUUGUCCUCAACCAUCAUGGUAAGGUGGGCUCAUGGGCCCUUAGGAUGGCAGCGACUGGAGGUGGGCUGUGGGUGACUGCUGGCAGCGGGCGUGGGAAACCACAGAAGAGGUGUGUGCCAGUUUCACUGAACUUUCCCCUGCCUGCAGGAGGGCAGUGCCUGGCACUGUGCAUCUUUCCCAAGUUGGUAAAGGCUGAUCUAUGUUUCCAGGACUUGUGGUCACAGCAGUGGGAACCACUGGUGGCAGUGUGGGACCUUCCCUCCAACUGCCAUACGGUGCCAUUUUUCCUCAGGGGGGACGAUGUUUCUUGACCUGAGGUGGAGGACCCAGAAGACCGGUGCUCAGGCAGGUGGAUCCCGAUGUCUUGGGUGGCAGUGAGCUGUGGAGCUCCAUUGCUGUGGGAGGACCAGGGUCGUGGUGUGCCACCAGCUUUGUGAGCAGAAGUUGCCUGGCAUUUGGUUGUUGAGGACUGCAACUCCUACAGGACCUCAGGGAGCACUGAGGGCAACACGUGGGUCUCACCUUCCACAUGUCAGACCUGGCCCUGGCCUGGCUUUUCAGAACUUUGGAGCGUAAUGCAAGUACUCUGUGAAGGCCCGUGGCUGGGCUUCCAUGUGCACCGAGCUCCAGCCAGCAGAACUGCUCCAAGAAGCUGCUGUGGGAUGGAAGUGGCUCCAAACCCUGCUCUGUAAGUGCUGACUGUGGUCCACAAUGAUGGUUCCUGAUCUGCACAUAUUCCUACGUUAGGCUUUUAACUGACACUGUAAUACUGAGUUAGCAGGAUGGGUAGGAGGGGUUUUGUGAGCCAAGUUUCCUUGGGUAGAAGUUGAUUCUCACAAUUAGGUUAAGAAUCUAAGAGAAAUCAUUUAUGUGAAAGCCAGAAGCCACUGGCACAUCAUCCUUAUGUUUCGUACAGUUGUACCUUCUGACGUUUUAAAGCCUGCUUAGGAAGUAGUGAUUUGUCAGCUAGAGCUACAUCUGCAUACCUCUGUGAAACUACUAAGACUUAUUACUUGGACAGGUGGUGUUUUGUUACCUGUGGAAACUCUUAAUUAUUCUGGCUAUGGAAGGUAGUAAAUGCCUGAGAUCUUACACAACUUGCAGGUAAUCUCUAGAGUCUUUAAAUUGAAGAACAAAAAUGAAAACAUGUAAGCUAGAAGCAUUUACAGGAUUCUUGUCAGUCUGUGUUCAUAUUCAAGUAAGGUGCAAAGGUUUCCCAUGGCUGAAGGGCAUUCUAGUGCUUCGGCGUACUGUGCAGGCAUCCCUUCAGAGGCUCUUUUUGUUCUUAUCUAGUGACAGAAGCAGUGGUUUUUCUGAAUUCCAUUCCUUUUUCAGUGAGUUUUCUUGACUGUUCACCUAAGUUUAUUUUCAUGCGUGAUGUGCAAUAUCAAAAUGAAAUAACUUGCAUAAUCUUUAGCUGUUGUGGUGCACUAAUAGUGCUUAAAACAAUGUACAGUGUGUAAGAACCUUUCAUUUUUAUUAGCAGUUCCCCACUUUUUUUUUUUUUGUGAUAAGUUCUGUGCUAUUUGAUAUUUACUUUCCUGGAGGAGCGCUUCUGAAGUUAUGAAGCCAAGCAUUCCGAGACAGAGGAGUGUCAGACUGAUGACUGUUCGUCUUGAUCCCAUCUAUUCUGGCUUAGAAAGCAUGGCUUACUGUCACACCUGCAGGAAUACCUGUGUCGUGCAGCUUUCAUUACGGGACCUCUUAUCUCCAAGAAUCUUUGGGAUGAAACUGGACCUGGUGUAUGAGCAGCACAUUUGGCACUUCUGAGUGCCUGAUUUCCAACAAUCUAAAGAGAUGACUGGAAAUUGGUUUGGUCUGCUGUGUAACCUUUAAUUCUUUGUCUUAGCAAACUUAUAAACUCAAAGAUGAUCGUUUUGUUCCUAUUGAAGGGAUGUUCUCAAAAUGUUUUCUCCUUCUAAGUUUUGUAGACAGUAUUGUUGCACUGAGUGGAUUGUGAAUGCUUUCCUUUUCUACAUAGCUGGGAUUUCAGAUGAUUUUGUUGCAAACAAAGAUAUUUAAAGAGAGAAAAACAGAAGAAGGAAAAAAAAAUCAAUGUAUUUAUCAAGCUGUAUGUCAAUAUGUAUAUAUCAUUGUAUUUUCCAGCACUGGAGCAGGCUCCUCAGAGCCAUGGUCACAGCCCAACUGACGGAGUUCAAGAAGCAUUUGGACAAUGCUCUCAGACAUAAUGUUUGAAUUUCAGGUGGUGCUGUGCAGAGCCAGGGUUGGACCGAAGGAUCCUUGUGGGUUUCUUCCAACUUGGGGUAUUCUGUUUAUUUGAUGGUCACAUUUGUCGCUCCUUCCCUCUGUAAAUAAGAGUAGGAAAUACAUUUACAUAUAGUUAUAAAACUACUGCUAUGCUGAAGUGCACUGCACAAUCGAAUAUAUGUAACAUUUUCUAUUUUAAACUCAAUGUCAGUGUGUCUCGAUUUGGGUUUUUAGUGAUAAUGUUGGUGUCCAGUAUGUCACCAUGAUGCAGAAUUCCUUGGAAGUUGUACGAAAUCCAUAAAAACAAAAACAACAACAAAAAAACAGAAAUUACUUAUUUGCUUAUUCUCCUCCUUUGUCACAUGUUGUGUUUUACAGAAAUUACUGUGUGGUCACUGCUGAACUGAGCUGCAAUAUGAUGUUUACUUUUUGGAAUGCACUCUUCAAAUUGUCUAAAUCUGUGGGCUGCUGGUUAGAAGUAAGAGGGAAGAGUUGAGGAAAGAAAGCGAUAUCGUGCUGUGCCAUAGUUUAGACUUCAUAAAGUUUAAUGAUAAUCACUUAAUAAAAAUUAAAGGUUGCUUAAUGGAA